AGAUCUCUGGUAAGUGUAACAUGUGAGCAUUACUAGGCAUUUCAUCCUGCGGGUCUGCAGUCUUUGCUCUUCAGACUGUUGCUCGGUUGGAAUGCUUCUGUGGGACCGAUACUGAGGUUCUGUAGGUAUUUUUUAAGAACCUACUCAUUUGGGGAUGUCAGAAGUGUUUUGCAAGAUCAUCUGAGGAACACGAAAGCAUCUGAAAUCUACUGAAAAGGAUAACUGUAGCGGUUUUCACAGUGGAAGGAAACUAUAUUGGCAAAGAGGCAGAUGAUUGAAUAAAGUAGUUGGCUCAAAGAAGAUGCACAGUCUGCUGUUUUUUCCUCUGAAUGAAGACUGUUUAAUGGAAGCUGUAUUCAUGUGGAGAUCAAAGGAAACACUGGAAUGAUAAACUACUAGGUCUUUUUUUUUUUUUUCUUCCUCUUUUUUUUUGAAGAAAACAAAAAGCCUGAAGCAGUAAUUUGAGCUCAAAUGCCUUCUAAUUCCUUCACAGCCUGCUUGUUCUAUUAGGAUUCUCCACUAACACCAUUUCUGCCUGGUGCCUAUGCCCUUUUGCUGGAGCAGCCACAGACAACUGCCUGAUGGAGAAAGAAUGAACGCUCUGCCUUGCUUAUGCUAUCGAUGGAAAUAAAGCUAACUGUGUUUCUUCUAUUAUAUGGGAAAUCUGGAUUAAUCAAGCUGUAUUCUAGUACCAAGAGUCCUAUUGUCUCUUGUGGUCUGACUCAUCACAUGUAAAUGUACUGCAGCUUUGCUAUUAAUGCAGAGUGGUUUUUUGUUUUUGUUUUUGUUUUGUUUUUGCCCCUUUCCCAAACACUGAAAGAAUUGUAAACCUCUGAGCUUCAUUUUCAGGAUUUGUGCUGAGCUCUAGAUCUUUUUUUCUGUGAAUAGUAUCUGCAUUAAACCAGUGAUGCUGAAGAAAUGAAGACAAAUUAGAAGUGGAAACAGAAUAGUGAGAUUUUAUUUUUUAUUUUCAAUUAUAAGCAAAACAGCUACUGGUUAACUAUAUGACCUUGCAGGCAAGAGUGGGUAUCGCUGUGAUUAUCUCUGUCACAGCAGUUGUUUCUCAUUUCAUUCUAUAUUGUGUGGUGUUGUGUCACCAAAAACAAUGAUUGUUUUGUGCAAGUAAAUUUCCGAGGUAGAGCAGUAAGACUAUUUUGGUAGGGGAAAAAUAUUUUUAAAUGAUCUUGGACUCAGUUUUAGUUAUUGAUAUGUUGGUGUGAAAUUUCUUCUUAAGUAUUGCAGUAACCCAACAGAAAUAAUAGAAUUUAGUUAUUUUUAGGAAGUUACAAAUUAUGUAGUCAUAAUUUUAAACUUGUUUUUCCAAUAGUACUUAUUAACUUAGAAAGAAAAAAACCGAGCUGUGCUGUUCAGAGAAUGUUUGUAAGUGUUGUACAGAAGAGGAGGAAAAACUACUUGUGCUCUUCCAACUGUGACUUUUAUCACAUAGCUUGGAAUUUAGCGUUUUAAAAGAUCGAAUGAGUCGAGUGUGUAUUGUUGUUUUGGAGGAGGUAGAAGAUGAAUCUCCUGCAUUCAUUUCUAAAUUGCCACAGGAAAGUAAAUCCCUACAUUCUCCACCUUCUGGAAAUGUAUUGCCAUCACUGGUACAAGCUAUAUUUAACGGAGAUCCCGACGAAGUUCGAGCACUAAUAUUUAAGAAAGAAGAUGUUAACUUUCAGGACAAUGAAAAGCGAACCCCAUUGCACGCUGCAGCUUAUCUUGGAGAUGCAGAAAUCAUUGAACUUCUUAUUUUAUCUGGAGCUAGAGUUAAUGCCAAAGACAGCAAAUGGUUGACACCUUUACACAGAGCAGUUGCAUCUUGUAGUGAGGAAGCAGUUCAGGUACUUUUGAAACAUUCUGCAGAUGUUAAUGCUCGAGACAAAAAUUGGCAAACCCCUUUACAUAUAGCUGCUGCUAAUAAAGCUGUAAAGUGUGCUGAAGCUUUGGUACCUCUUCUGAGUAAUGUAAACGUGUCUGAUCGAGCAGGGAGAACUGCAUUACAUCAUGCAGCUUUCAGUGGACAUGGUGAGAUGGUCAAAUUACUCUUGUCUAGAGGUGCCAAUAUUAAUGCUUUUGACAAGAAAGAUAGGCGUGCUAUCCAUUGGGCAGCAUAUAUGGGUCACAUUGAAGUAGUGAAAUUACUUGUGUCGCAUGGAGCUGAAGUGACAUGCAAGGAUAAGAAGUCUUAUACACCUCUUCAUGCAGCAGCCUCUAGUGGAAUGAUCAGCGUAGUCAAGUACCUUCUAGAUCUUGGAGUUGAUAUGAAUGAACCAAAUGCCUAUGGAAAUACACCUCUUCAUGUAGCCUGCUAUAAUGGACAAGAUGUUGUAGUGAAUGAACUUAUAGACUGUGGUGCUAUUGUAAAUCAAAAGAAUGAAAAAGGAUUUACUCCUUUGCACUUUGCUGCUGCAUCAACACAUGGAGCAUUGUGUUUAGAACUUCUAGUUGGCAAUGGGGCUGAUGUCAAUAUGAAGAGUAAAGAUGGGAAAACCCCACUGCAUAUGACUGCCCUCCACGGUAGAUUCUCCCGAUCACAAACCAUUAUCCAGAGUGGAGCUGUAAUCGACUGUGAGGAUAAGAAUGGAAAUACCCCUUUGCACAUAGCAGCACGAUAUGGCCAUGAGCUGCUGAUCAACACUCUUAUUACAAGUGGUGCUGACACUGCAAAGCGCGGCAUACAUGGAAUGUUCCCCCUCCACUUGGCAGCCUUAAGUGGCUUUUCAGAUUGCUGCAGAAAACUUCUUUCUUCAGGAUUUGAUAUAGACACCCCAGAUGAUUUUGGCAGGACUUGUCUACAUGCAGCUGCAGCUGGAGGGAAUUUGGAGUGCCUAAACCUUCUGCUGAAUACUGGUGCAGAUUUCAACAAAAAGGACAAAUUUGGGAGAUCUCCACUGCAUUACGCUGCUGCCAACUGCAAUUACCAGUGCCUGUUCGCUCUUGUGGGAUCAGGAGCAAGUGUGAAUGACCUUGAUGAAAGAGGCUGCACACCCCUGCACUAUGCAGCUACAUCAGACACAGAUGGCAAGUGCCUGGAAUACUUACUAAGAAAUGAUGCAAAUCCAGGGAUCCGUGAUAAGCAAGGAUACAAUGCAGUUCAUUAUUCUGCUGCUUAUGGUCACCGUCUAUGUCUUCAGCUGAUUGCAAGUGAAACUCCUCUAGAUGUUUUAAUGGAAACCUCAGGAACAGACAUGCUGAGUGAUUCAGAUAAUAGAGCAACAAUAAGCCCUUUACACUUGGCUGCCUAUCAUGGUCACCAUCAAGCACUGGAAGUGUUGGUACAGUCUUUAUUAGACCUUGAUGUCAGAAAUAGUAGUGGAAGAACACCCCUAGACCUUGCAGCAUUUAAGGGCCAUGUUGAAUGUGUGGAUGUACUCAUUAAUCAGGGAGCCUCAAUCUUAGUAAAAGAUUACAUUUUGAAGAGGACACCUAUACAUGCAGCAGCAACAAAUGGUCAUUCAGAAUGCUUACGGCUAUUAAUAGGAAAUGCAGAACCGCAGAAUGCAGUAGAUAUUCAAGAUGGAAAUGGACAGACGCCUCUGAUGCUGUCUGUUCUCAACGGGCACACAGACUGUGUUUACUCAUUGCUGAACAAAGGAGCAAAUGUAGAUGCCAAAGAUAAAUGGGGAAGGACAGCAUUGCAUAGAGGGGCAGUUACAGGCCAUGAAGAAUGUGUAGAUGCAUUACUUCAACAUGGUGCUAAGUGCUUACUUCAGGAUAGCAGGGGCCGGACACCUAUACACCUGUCUGCAGCCUGUGGACACAUUGGUGUUCUUGGAGCCCUUUUGCAGUCAGCAGCAUCUAUGGAUGCAAAUCCAGCCAUAGCAGACAAUCAUGGAUAUACAGCACUUCACUGGGCUUGCUACAAUGGUCAUGAGACAUGUGUAGAACUUCUUUUAGAGCAGGAAGUUUUCCAGAAAACAGAAGGAAAUGCCUUUAGUCCAUUGCAUUGUGCCGUGAUAAAUGACAACGAAGGUGCUGCUGAGAUGUUGAUUGAUACAUUAGGUGCCAGCAUCGUGAACACCACAGAUUCAAAAGGAAGGAAUUGGGCGAAUUUAGGGACCUUGUUGAUGGGACCCAUGGCUAAACUUGAUGUCAAGCUACACGUUGACAGGUGUGACAGUGCACUGUACAGAUGUUCUGCUCUUCCUGCCCCCAUCUUUGUUAUUAGGACUAGUUAUCUCGAGUUUGUACCUCUUGGUCUUCAAAACUUGACAGAAGUGCUCCUUGACAGCCAGGUAGUAUGUGUAUGGGCAAGCACAUGCACAUAUGUGUACAUGUAUCAUGUUUUUUCCUCUAGACCUCUGCAUGUUGCUGCCCGAAAUGGGCUAACAAUGGUGGUUCAGGAACUUUUGGGAAAAGGUGCAAGUGUGCUUGCAGUAGAUGAAAAUGGCUAUACCCCAGCUUUGGCCUGUGCUCCCAAUAAGGAUGUGGCUGAUUGCCUGGCUCUCAUUUUGGCCACCAUGAUGCCUGUCUCAUCAAGUAGUCCUUUAUCAUCUUUGACAUUCAAUGCCAUUAACCGUUAUACCAACACCUCAAAAACAGUCAGCUUUGAAGCUUUGCCCAUCAUGAGGAAUGAACCUAGCUCCUAUUGCAGUUUCAAUAACAUUGGCGGGGAACAGGAGUACUUAUACACUGAUGUGGAUGAGCUCAACGACUCCGAUUCUGAGACCUACUGAGAGGCUGAGGAGAAGGGAGUUCUCACACUAAAGCUUCCAACUGUGCUUUUUCAGGAAAAAAGGCACUUUCAUAUUCACGUACAAAUUCAACCUAAGAGGAAAGAUCGCACAGUGAGCCAACGUUAAGAGAUGUGAUGACAUUAAGGAGGAAGAGUUUCAAAGGCAAGUUUUACAAAAGGAACUUCUAGAAUCUUGAAAUAGACUUGACUGAGGAAAACACAUUGUCAGAAUUCUUUGUGGAAUUGUUUAAUUUGGUUUUGCAGUGCCAGGAAUAAUUGGAGACACUGUGCACUCUAACCUGCUUACACAAGCAACACUAUUGUAACAGAAGAAAUAAGGACACUAGAUUUAAAUUUUAUCAAUAAAAUUACAACUAAAUUUAAAGGCAAUAAAAGUUUGGUACAGUAGGCAUUAUGUGCACAGCAAAUUGCAAAAGGACCAAAUAAUGGAAAGGUUUUUUAAAUAAAAUGCCGUUUUGUGGAAACUGGAGUAGAUGAAAUGAAACAUUACCUAAACCAAACUGCAAUAUUUCUGGAAAUGAAGCUGAGAUUUGAUUUUAAAUGUUGGGUUUUUUGUUUUUGUUUUUAAGAAAACAUCUGAAAGCCUUCCAAUGCUGUAUUAAACCAUGAGAGAAAGCAGAUGUAUUUUUACAUUUUUUUCUUUUACAUAAAAAUUUCAAAUUUCCAACUUUUAUACUAUUAGAACUAAAAACCAGCUGACUGGGUGCAGUACAGGUGAAAAUACUUGUGACAGACAGAGAUGGAUUGGGGUCAGGCUCUUGCCCUGUGUUGAAUGGUUUGGGUUUAAAAUAGUACUAUUUUUGUUUAAAAAUGUAAAUUUCCUAGAAAAAAAAUUCAUGAAAUCCAAAGUAGAUUAUUUCACCCUAUUGCAACUAUAGUAGUGGUCCUCGGGCCUGGAGUCUUCAGCCUCUCUACUUUGAAUGGCACACCUUAGUCACUUAUAUUACUUUUGUGUCCCCACCAUGACUUGGGAGAUUUUUUUGUUUAUUCUGAUCUAUGAGUUUUGAAAAAGUGAAUAAUCAAAAGGAAAAUCAUCCCUUGUUGUUCAUAAGUUAAACAUCACUAAGUCUCUUGGAAAGCACUUCUGUACUGGGCAAGAUUUAAAAUAUUAAAGCCUUAGGUCCUAUUCAUAUUUAAGGUAGCAUGUUUGUAACCAAUUACUAUUUGGUGAGAGAAGCAAUUGCCUGCCAAAUUGAAGACUACCUUUCAAAUAGCAAAAGAGAGAGAGAAGGCUGAUAUUUCCGCUUUUAAGUAACAAUUUCUGUGGUUGACAAUUACUCUGUCACUUUCCCAGUGAAAAUGAUUUCAUAUACAUUGACGGUCUUACAGGUAUGGGUGAAAUUCUAUAAAUUGCAACAAAAUGAUACCCAAUUUCAUUUUAUCCUUUUUGUAUUGUGAAACUGGAAACUUAUAUGACAUUGUAAAUUAUCAGCUGGUUUUUCUGAAUAUAAAUUGUGAAAACACAGAACAGUAUUUUGAUCUAUUUGAUAAUUUUGUGGGUUUUUUGAAGAAUUAACGAGCAUGUACAUAGAAAUAGUGACUGCUUGAAUACUGUAUUUACUUGCACUCUUUCAGUACAUCAAGAUUCCUGUAUAUUUUAGAGUAUAAUAAAACAGAUGUGAGUUGUAUUUAAUGAAUAAUGUAUUUGUAUCUGUGCAUAUUAUCUACAAAUCUAUAAAGUUUCUAGGGCAUUGACUACUAGAUUUUAAGCAUUUUUUCUAAAAUAUUCACAGAAAUUAUAAACCAAACCCCCAUCUUUUCUUUAUAAUAUAAAGAAGUCAUAAUGAACCCUUCCUGAUUAUUAGUAGUAGGAAGGUAAAUAUGCAUUUUAAUGAUAGUGGACUACAUUUUCUAUUGUACCUUUAAAAAAAAAAAUUCAAGCAGAUUCUAAAAGUAUACAUAUGUGUGCUUUCUCUUUCCUUUUAGGAAUUCUCUUCUGAAUUCCCUGAGGGAAUUUUCUAGAAUCUCAGAAUUGAAAGAGACCUGAGGUUCAUCCACUCUCUAACCUCUUAACAAAUGCAGGAGUCCCUUCUACAAGGGUGAUCUUUCCACCUUGAACACUUCCAAGUGACUCUACCUCACCAAGCAGUCCAUUCAGUUGUUGAGCAGCUCUAACUGUUAGAAAGGUCUUCCUUAGAUGGAGUUGAAGCCUCUCUCCUGGUAACUUCUGUCUUUGGGCCUGGGUCUGUCCUCCAUGAGAACCCUGAGAAUGUUGGAAGGAUGAAUCACGCACAUUCUGCCAUGUCUUCUCUUUUACAGGCUGUUUGACUUCUCUGCUGAAGUGAUUUCCAGAAGGACUUAUUUGACACACUAUUAGAUUUGCCACAUCUAAUGAAAUCCAAGGUGUAGCUAUAAAGUGACAAGCUGUUUUUAUCACAUAUACCAGAACUUUUAUCCUGCAUCACUUUAUAUGUAAAUGAUGCUGUUACCAAAAACAUUGAGGUAGUUCUUGCGAAUGCCAGCCCACUAAAAUCUUUUUCAUUACUUUUGUAGUCCAUCUGUGAGAGUUGCCACUGCUCCCCCCCGCCCAACUUAACCAGUUCCUUUGGUCUGCAUCCAAUGAAGGGAAACCCCAAAGUACUGUCUCAAAUGGUGUCUGACCACCACCAGUAUUGUUGGAAUAAGUACAUGAACUACUUCAAUGAACGAACACAGAGCCGUAGAAAUUUCCUUUAUGGUUACACCUUGUAUGUCUAAAGCAUUCAGGCCCUGUUCUGUAGUGUUUCUUAUCCUCACACAGAGUAGAAAAGCCUGUUUGCUUAAUUUAAAUUCUGCAUGAAAGAUGACAUCUGAAAUAUCUGAUGUGUAUUAUACAGUACCAGCUCUAGAAGUACUUUGGGGGAAAUGGUGGUAAUAGCAAAUGACCUCCUUUAACAAGACACUCAACUCAGUGCCAUUUAGUUCAGGAGAUCUCUAAGUGUAGCUGUAAAUUUGGGGGUUAAUUUGGCUUAUAUUGCACCUUUUAAAAGAAAUAAAGUUUUUUUAAUGCAAUAAA